AUGUCCCCCGCCUCUCAAGGGGAAAGCAGCCUAUCCAGACGCAGCUGCAUCCGAUGCAACCAGAGGAAGGUCGGAUGUGAUCGAAAACAACCUUGUAGCCGAUGCCUCAAAGCCGGGGCCGAAUGCAUCCACUCGGGGAACAAGCGAGCCCCGCGGAAGCUGAAACGGCCCCCGAUCUCCAAGAUUCUGGUCCACCUUCAGGAGCUAGAACAUGAGGUUGAACGGCUGCGGUCGACGCCCGCGGGUCUCUUGUUUGAGACUGCCAAUCAGUCAGCCGUGAGUCCUUACUUAGGUACCGGUACCAAUCGCUUGAGUAAUUGGGAGGAGGCGGAGGCUCCGAGAGGCAGACUGGUAGUCCGGGAUGGACAAAGUCGGUAUGUGGGCGACGAGGCCACGGUCAUUCUCGGGGAUAAGAUCUGUGACAGAUCUUCCGACGAGGAGAGUGUGACAGAUGCCACCAGUACCAAUAUUGGGCCCAUAUCUAAACUCUCAGUAGGAAUUCUGGGAACGCAUCAAUCUGCGGGUUCCGACACAAGCGGUAGCCAGUACCUACAACGACUACAGGUUCAAGCACUGUGGCAUGUCUACCGGGAAAAUGUGGCGCCCAUGAUCGCCAUCCUGCACACACCCUCGAUCGAGGCUAUGUUACGUGAGGGCUAUGCAAACAAGGACUCCAUAUUACAACCUGAACAGGAAGCUCUCAUUCUGGCCAUAUGCUUUGCCGCCGUGGUGAGCAUGACGCCGCAGCAGUGUCUGUCCAUCCUCGGCGGUGGUCACGAUGCCUACAUCCACAAGUACAGAGUCGCCGUGGAGCGGGCUCUGGCUGGGGCCAACCUGAUCAGUACCCAGAACAUGCGGGUCCUACAAGCUGCAGUCUUGUUUCUGUUGUGUCUUCGCCGGUGCUGCGAUUCGCGGCUCGUAUGGGCCGAGGCGGCGAUUGUGGUCCGCGUCGCGCAGCGCCAAGGGAUGCAUCGGGAUGGUCAGCGGCAGGGACUGACCCCCUUUGAGAUCGAAAUGCGCCGCCGACUGUGGUGGCACAUCUGCAUUCUCGACAUGCUCUGCUCGGAGGACCAGGGGACGGAUACACAGAUCUGGCCAGGGAUGUUCGACACGAAGCUUCCAUCGAACAUCGACGGGGACGAACUCACGCCGGGGCUAACCACACUGCCACCUCUGCGACGGGGGUAUACCGAUAUUACUUUGUGUAUCAUCCAUUGCGAGAUGAUGUCUAAUUUGUACUGGGCCGGUAAGUCUCUAGACGAGGACGCACGGCAACCGUCCACGUCUGAGAAGGAGAAGCUCCUAUCGACGCUGGCAAACCGUCUCGAGGUGCUAUAUCUGCAUAACUUCGAUUUGGACAUCCCAAUACAGUGGGUGACGGUCGUGAUUGCCCGUCUCACGCUGUCCAAGGGAUGGUUGGUGCAUCGCCUCAACGCCUCAACGGCGGGCCGAGACCCCGCAGCUACAAACGACGAGAUCUUCCACAUGGCGGUUGAGAUCGUCAAGUUUGCGACUUUAAUACAAAACAACGAGAGCACCUCUCAGUGGGCGUGGCUCUGCAAAAGUUACAAGCAACGACACGUUGUGGCAUACAUUCUUUCCGAGCUAUGCGUGCGUCCGUCACGCCCGAGACAGAGCACGCCUGGGAGGUGGUGA